CCGUUAAAGAAAGAGUGACACUUUAUGUACAUGUUAGAACUGAAGCUUAUAUAAUCUUAAAUGUCUUGAUUAACCUUUCUGGGAAAAAAAUAAUAAACUGGUUUUAGGCGUGACCUGUUAAGGUCGAGUUCAGUCACUGCAUCCGUUGUGCUCAGCCCUGGAAGGGGUAUAUAUAGCUGGUGCCAGACACUCGGCACGCAUACUCAGCUGCUAGUCACCACCGACGACAUGAAGCUCGUACUAGUUAUCUGCCUGGUCGCCCUGGCCACAGCCACUCCACAGAAGCAUCCAGAGAGUACCGCGCAAAUUGUCGUGGACGAGCGUAGUGACUCUGGAGACGGAAACUUCCACUAUAGGUUUGAAACCAGCAACGGAAUCUCCGCCCAGAAGACUGGUACCCCAGGUUCUGAGGGCCAGAGCAAUAUGGACGGCGGCUUCAGGUUCACUCUUCCCGACGGCACCAUCGCUGAGGUCCGCUACGUCGCUAACGAAUUAGGUUACCAGCCAGAGUCUUCACUGCUCCCCAAGCCCCACCCACUCCCUGACCACGUCCAUGAACUCCUCCGCAUCGCCGAGGAGCAGCGCCGUAAGGGCAUCACCUUCGAAAAAUAAGUGAAAGGUUGACCUCCUCCUCGACCUGUAUUGUGGACCUUCCUGUAUAUACUGAACUCGUAACGGUAACUUUAGGGGUAUUCUCCGGCACACCAGACCCAUAGACACAACCCGUUCUUAUUAUAAUAUAUAAUAAAUGUGACAAUAUUAUUUUGUUUUUUCCUGUUUGCCGAAAUGACGAGAAAAUCGAAAUUCAGGACAGAGUAGUGUUGAAUUUAUACACUUUGCUGAUCACUUGUAAAAUAUUUGUGCAAUAUCUACAAUAGAAAUAUUGCAACCUAAUACUUGAGCUCGUAUUAGUUCUUGGCAGCAGGUUCAAACAUCGAAAAAAAAUAUCUAUACACCGUGAAGCCUAGACAACAAUGGCAAGAUGGGUCAACACACAGAUAACUCGGGUAAUUGAUGUUUCAUUUACCGGAUUUACCCUAGAGAACUACAGUCAAUAACCCUCCCAGUAGGUAGUGACAACACCUCCCUCGAAAUCUGCGUCUAUACUAACGAUGCCUCACGUCCCUAAAGCAUCCUUCCUUUACAUCUCUAAAGCAGCCCUUCGCCACAACCCUAAAGCAGCCCUUCUUCACAUCCCUAAAGCAGCCCUCCACAUCUCUAAAGCAGCCCUCCACAUCUCUAAAGCAGCCCUCCACAUCUCUAAAGCAGCCCUCCACAUCUCUAAAGCAGCCCUCCACACCUCUAAAGCAGCCCUCCACAUCUCUAAAGCAGCCCCCCUUCAAGUUGCUGUCAGUAUUUUUGUUUAUUAAAAAUACCAAUGACGCUCCAGGAAGCACCAAUGAAUGGCGAAAAUCUCAUGUAAUUUGAUAAAACCUUUCUCCUUAUUCCAUCCAGGAGGGAAAAGUCCCCACAAAAAAAUAUAGUCAUUAGAGUAAUACAUAAAUAUCCCAAAAUUAAUAACGUCGUUCACUUUUCCCAUCGAGAGAAGAACAGCCGCAACACAAACAUAAAACAUAGUCCAUCUGAAUGCUAUAAAGUUACAGCAGGAAUAAGCUGGAAAAUAGAUGGCAAUACUAGGAUAGCAAUCAGAUUAAUCACCAACCAGAAUAAAGUUGCUCCCUGUGAUAUCACCCCAAUCCAGGAUCAGCAACAUGAUGAUCGAACUGAGAACUCCAAAUAUUUACCUCCUUAUAGUAAUGUCGCCUGAGUGGUAUCCUUAGAUAACCAAGAAUCACAAGUGUGUAAAGCUGGCUUGCCUUCAUUUAUGGAAUGAGCUAGACUAUUUAAUUCAACAAGUAAAUGAUUUAUAUCUGUAUUCUUUGGCAUUAGACACAAAACAUUAUCAACAUAUCUGUACCACUCAGCUUUAUUGCGAAAGAUUUUGUUAAGCAAUCUUGUUUUAAAAUAUUACAUACAUAAACUGCCAAGGACAGGUGAGAAAGGAUUUCCCAUUGCCAUACCGAAAUUCUUAGUGUAAAACUCGUCAUUAAACACAAAUUUUGUAUCAACAAUACAAAGGCUAAUAAACUCAGUGACUGCAAUUACUGGCAAUGAUAAUUUGUAAUUAACAGGUUCGUAUGAUAAAAAACUUAAUAAAUCAUCAAAUGGAACUUUUGUACACAAAGAAGUGACACCAAAACUAACCAUAUUGUAACCAUUUAAAUUAAUCAUGAUGCUUGAUUUAUCAACUUAAUAAAUAUUUUUUUAACACUAAGGUUAGAAAUUUUGCCAAUAAUUUGGCUAAAUAUAUCUACUAGCCAUUUGGAUAAUUUAUAGGAAACUGAACCUAUGAAGCUAACAAUGGGUCUGGUUGGAUUACCUACUUUGUGUGUUUUUAUUAAUCGAUCCAUAUAUGGUAAAGAUGGAUUGGUGGUCGUGAUUUUUUUAUUUGUUCAUCUUUGAA